AUGGCCGGACGAACCAUGCAAAACCCUGGCGAUGAGUCGAUGAUAUCUAAUAUCGAGCUUACCAACCAACUCUCGUAUCUUCUUGAUAAAGAGCGUAACGAACGGCUGGAAUCUCAGCUCCCUCCCGACACCUCCCCGAGCAAUAUCAUUGCAAACAUAUUAUCACCUAGCUCGGUGGUUAUUACCUCGUCUCCAUCUACCCUGAUCCGCCAAAGUCAGCAAGGUCCAGCACUUGGCUACCUUCGCAUUGGCUUCGGACAAUGUGGUAUAACCUGCGAAAGGCCUGGAAGAGACUACGUGGUCAAACUGGCUAGACCUGCGUAUAAACAGGGUCUUUGGGCUGAUUUUCAAGCACACUUCAUGGUCCGAGAAGCAUCUCAGCAGAAGGCCAACAAGAACGCGGAAUGCCGCGUACCCAGGCUAUUCUCAUGGAUUCCAGAGUCAAAAACAAAGUGGUGGGAUAAGAACCGCUUCCUAUUUCCAGAGAUCUCAGGCCUGUUGCCGCUGCCAACGCCAGCGUUGGUUACAGAGCAUAUCCUCCCUCUUCCUAAGAUAGCUCGACAAGCACUGAUCGAGAGAUACUGCCCACCAGGGCUUCAAGCCAAUGUCAGUGCUGAUCCGACCAACAGAGAUUGCCUAGCUCGGCUAUAUCUUGGAUCUCGCCGUCAACGGCCAGAGCUUCUAUCGCCUAAUUUCACUCUACGCAACUUCAACCUCCAUCUUGAUCAGAUGUUGGAGAUGGAACUCCCCGUGCUAUUAUUUGCCAGUGCCAUGGGAGAGGCCCUAGCUAUUAUCCACUGGGCAGCUCACGUUGACGGCUACGAUAUCGAAUUCGUGCUGGGAAGUGAGGCGGAUGCAUACUCUGUGUACAACCAGGAUAUCGCCGUCUCUCUCAAAUUAACUCCUCAGCAAGUUCUUGGUAUGUCUUCUCAUGAAGACCUGGAUGCCAAGUUAAGAACAAACUUCAAGCAACGUAGUACACGUAUGUGGGUACUUGACUUUAAUCUCUGCCAUAUUUGGCCCGAAGAAAUCGCCUUGAGCGAGCCAGACGGACUUGUCUCUCACCUUGUCCAAGCCUUCUUUGACAAUGAUCCAUAUUACCCCCGGCCGCAUGGGGAGGGAGAUAUUGAACGAGAGCUAUGGGACGCAUUUGCAACAACGUACAGUCAGAAGGCGGAGCAGAUACUGCAAGACAAGGAUAAGAGGCUUGUGGACCUGCCAAGCAGAUUUAUCAACGCCUGCAUUUCGUAUGUGAAAUGA